GUGGCCACGGCGGCCGCCUGACCCCUGCAGGAGCUUCCGACCAGGGCUGCCGCCUUCUCCCGGCGGGCGGCGACUACCCGGCGCUAAGAAGAUGCCCGCGGCUGGCCGGACCUCGCCCUGGGAGAGGAAUUAGGGGCGGAGCGCAUACCGGGAGCUGGCCGUCAGGCGGAAGCAGGGCAGGUGCGGUGGCGGAAGUGCGGGGAGGCAGUCGGAGCUGAGCCAUCUAAGAAGCCGCGGCGGCGGGUCUCCCAGCCGGAAGCCACUGCCGAGCCUUAGCCUAACCGCAGCCACUAGGGCUCCGGGCCGGCGAAAUGCCUCUGUUCACCGCCAACCCUUUCGAGCAAGACGUGGAAAAGGCCACAAAUGAGUAUAACACUACAGAAGAUUGGAGUCUUAUUAUGGACAUAUGCGAUAAAGUUGGAAGCACUCCUAAUGGAGCAAAAGAUUGCCUAAAAGCCAUAAUGAAAAGAGUAAACCAUAAAGUUCCUCAUGUUGCUCUGCAGGCAUUGACUCUUCUUGGGGCUUGUGUGGCAAACUGUGGAAAGAUAUUUCAUUUAGAAGUAUGUUCCCGUGAUUUUGCAACAGAAGUACGUGCUGUGAUAAAAAAUAAGGCUCAUCCUAAAGUAUGUGAAAAACUGAAAUCUUUAAUGGUAGAGUGGUCAGAAGAAUUUCAGAAGGACCCACAGUUUAGUCUAAUAUCUGCAACUAUUAAAUCUAUGAAAGAAGAAGGAAUUACUUUUCCUCCAGCAGGUUCUCAGACUGCCUCAGCCGCUGCCAAGAAUGGGAUGUCAUCAAGCAAAAACAAAGAAGAUGAAGACAUAGCUAAAGCUAUUGAAUUAUCAUUGCAAGAGCAGAAGCAGCAGCACACAGAAACAAAAUCCUUAUAUCCAUCUGCAGAAAUUCAGUUAAAUAAUAAAGUUGCAAGGAAAGUGAGAGCGUUAUAUGAUUUUGAAGCCGUUGAGGACAAUGAACUCACCUUUAAACAUGGUGAAAUUAUUAUUGUUUUGGAUGACAGUGAUGCCAAUUGGUGGAAAGGAGAAAAUCACAGAGGAAUAGGACUCUUCCCAUCUAAUUUUGUAACAACUAAUUUAAACAUAGAAUCUGAGGCAGCAGCUGUGGACAAAUUGAAUAUAAUUGAGGAGGAGGAGGAGGAAAAUAAGAAAUCAGAGCCUGAGCCUGUUUAUAUAGAUGAGGAUAAAAUGGAUAGAGCCCUGCAGGUACUACAGAGUAUAGAUCCAACAGAUUCAAAACCAGACUCCCAGGACCUCUUGGACUUAGAAGACAUUUGCCAACAGAUGGGUCCAAUGAUAGAUGAAAAACUUGAAGAGAUUGAUAGGAAGCAUUCAGAAUUGUCUGAAUUGAAUGUAAAAGUCUUGGAGGCUCUGGAACUGUAUAACAAGUUGGUGAAUGAAUCUCCAGUAUAUUCAGUCUAUUCAAAGCUACAUCAUUCAGGACAUUACCCACCUUCAUCAGCUGGGGUUCCAGUGCAGACAUAUCCAGUUCAGCCACAUGGUGGAAACUAUAUGGGUCAAAGUAUUCACCAAGUCACCGUCGCCCAGAGCUACAGCCUAGGACCAGAUCAAAUCGGUCCACUGAGAUCUCUGCCUCCAAGUGUGAAUUCCUCAGUGACAACACAGCCUGGUCAAACUCCAUAUUUAAGCGCUGGACAAGACACUGUUUCCAAUUCUACUUAUAUGAACCAGAACUCUAACCUUCAAUCAGCUACUGGUACAGCUGCUUAUGCACAGCAGAUGGGGAUGUCUGUGGAUAUGUCAUCUUACCAGAACACUACUUCCAAUUUGCCGCAGUUGGCAGGCUUUCCGGUGGCAGUUCCAGCUCAUUCCAUUGCACAGCAGCAGGCAAAUUACCAUCAGCAGCAGCCUCUCCUUUAAAAACAAACUAAGCAUUUUCUCGAAAGCCUUCAUAAUGUAUUACUUGACCCUUGUGAUUCUAAUCUGAAAAUAUUAAAAGAAGAAAACUUUUUUUUCUUCAACUCAAAAGGCACAUGAAUAAAUAAAGCACAAAAA